GUAGCUAUAGGUCUGCAUUCAUAAUGUACAUAUUCCCAUGUAGCUAUAGGUCUGCAUUCAUAAUGUACAUAUUCACAUGUAGCUAUAGGUCUGCAUUCAUAAUGUACAUAUUCACAUGUAGCUAUAGGUCUGCAUUAAACUAUUCUAACAGUAUAUAUUCAUAAUAUACAUAUUCACAUGUAGCUAUAGGUCUACAUUAAACUAUUCUAACAGUAUAUAUUCAUAAUGUACAUAUUCACAUGUAGCUACAGGUCUGCAUAGACGAAUGUAUUGGCUGUAAAGAAGUCAGACAAAACAUAUUUGCUCAUCUUUAAAUUAAUAAACAAUGUAGUGAAUAUUUUUCUAAACUGCGUUACCCAUUCCAGUCAGCUGACGGCGAUAUGCGACCUUCAGAUGGUGACGUCAUAUCUAGUGGACCAAACGACACCGGAAGCUGUUUCACCAACACGGAUACUGACUCAUUCAACCACCUCUUUAGCCUGGUAGCCAAAAUACAAACGAAAACAUUAAAGCUCUUUAGAUCAUUUUUGUGAAUAUUGAUCUCGGUGUUUUUUCAAUUCUCUUUAUUAUCUAUUUAACUUAAAGUAAUUUGCUUGUUAAAUGUACAAAUGUGUUAAUUAUACUGAGUCGAGCACUAAGCUUAUCGUUAAUGCUACUAGCCCGACCAUGAACUCACUGAACGACCCUCCUGUUAAAGAAGAGGUCUGCUGGACGGAGAAAGAAGCUCUGGGGCUGAACAUUGUCAUGAAAGAAGAGAAGGAUGUUACAGUAAAUGGAGAGGAAGAAGCUUUCAGAAUUAAAGAGGAGGCCAUCAGUAUCACAUUGAAAGAAGAGGAUGAUGUUAUAGUGAAAGAAGAGACAGAACAUUUUAGAGUGAAAGAUGAAGAGGGGAUAGAGGCUGUCACAGUGGAAGAAGAGGAAGUAGAAGUUUUCAGAAUGAAAAGGGAGGAAGAGGAGGCUGUCACCUUGAAAGAAGAAGAGGAGGAUGUUUUGGGAGAUGACGGAAAGGAAGAGGAGACUGAAGAUCUGAGUAACACCAGAGAGAGACCAGACUCUCACUCUGACAGCAGAAAGAGUCCUUCAGGGGAACCAGACCCAGAGACGCCCAAACCAGGGAGACAACACCACUGCUCCCACUGUGAAAAGAGAUUUUCCCAAUCAGGGGACCUAAAACGGCAUGAGAGGAUACACACAGGGGAAAAGCCUUUCCAAUGUUCCCAGUGUGGAAAGUGUUUUAACCGCUUAAGCAACCUGAAGGCGCAUGAGAGGAUACACACACAUUAUUUCCAAUGUUCCCAGUGUGGGAAGCGUUUUGCCUGCUUAAGCAGGCUGAAGAGGCAUGAGAGGACACACACAGGGGGGAAUCCUUUCCAAUGUUCCCAGUGUGGGAAGCAUUUUACCCACUUAAGGAGCCUGACUACGCAUGAGAGGACACACACAGGGGAAAAUCCUUUCCAAUGUUCCCAGUGUGGAAAGCAUUUUACCCGCUUAAAGAGCCUGAUGACGCAUGAGAGGACACACACAGGGGAAAAGCCUUUCCAAUGUUCCCAGUGUGGGAAGUGUUUUACCCGCUUAAGGAGCCUGGAGGAGCAUGAGAGGAUACACACAGGGGAAAAUCCCUACCAAUGCUCCCUGUGUGGAAAGCGUUUUACCCGCUUAAGGAGCCUGGAGGAGCAUGAGAGGACACACACAGGGGAAAAGCCUUUCCAAUGUUCCCAGUGUGGAAAGCAUUUUACCCGCUUAAGUAGCCUGAAGAAGCAUGAAAAGAUACACACAGGGGAAAAGCCCUACCAAUGCUCCCUGUGUGGAAAGAGUUUUACCAACUUAAGACAUCUGAAUAAGCAUACAUCUACCAGUGCUCUUAUUGUGGAAAGACAUUUUCCCAGUCAGAGGACCUGAAAUCACAUGAGAGAAUAGAGAGGCUGUGUUCUGACUCGUGUUUUUGUCCUGAGAAUUGAGGUUUUUGUUUUUGCCAAAUGAAAUCCUAUUAUUUAUAUGAAAUCAUUAACAAAAUAGACCUACUUUUGUUUAAAUGUUUAUCUGGAGACCUGAGCCCUGAUCUAAAAUCAGAUGAAACACAAUUUGGAGUUUUGUUUUGAUUAUAGACUUUAAUGGAUACAACUGUAAACCCUCUGUUGUUCAUUAUAAUUUGGGGAUAUUAUUAUAUAGAUUAAUGGAGUUUUGGAUUUCUUGAUUCUAAUGUUGAUCCUCUUGAAUGUGAUGUGAUCUGGCUGUAUUACACGAUUUAGAUAUUGCACCAUGCAAAUUAUUGAAUAAAUUAAUAGAAUGAGCAUUUCUUGAUUUUGAACUUUGAAACCUCUUGAAAUUUAGUAAUUUUGUUCAUUUGUUUACUAGACACGUCAAGAUAAAGGACAAUGACAAUGUGGUGGUGUUUUUUAUAACAACAUGGAUAAGUUGUUGACAUGAAAAACGUGAAUGUUCCCAUCCACUAUGUAGAUGCAGUAUAGAGCUAAUUGUUGACAUGAAAAACAUUAAUGUUCCCAUCCACUAUGUAGAUGCAGUAUAGAGUUGUUUAUUUUGAUAUUAUCUGUUGACUGAAUAAAUCAGAGCUAGUUGUU